AUGGAGGAAUUCAAUGCUGGGACCACAGUAGGCCUCAUCGCCUGCUGUGAGUGUGGACUACCUAUUCAGCCAAAUGCAGCCAAUAUGUGUAGCAGCUGUAUACGUUCAAAAGUUGAUAUAACAGAAGGCAUCAGCAGGACGUGCACUAUCUACAUAUGUAAGUUUUGUGACCGUUACUUCGUACCUCCAAGCGGAUGGAUGCGCGCUGAAUUAGAAUCGAAAGAAUUGUUGUCAAUAUGUUUGAAGAAGAUGAAACCGCAACUGUUGAAGGUGCGUUUAACAGAUGCUCGUUUUGUAUGGACAGAAGCUCACUCUAAGCGAAUCAAAGUGAAGCUUACUAUUCAGAAGGAAGUGUUCACUAAUACGAUACUACAACAAACAUUCAUAGUCGAAUUCACCGUUCACAAUCAGAUGUGCGAUGAUUGUCGGCGUGCUGAAGCGAAGGAUUUUUGGCGUGCUUGCGUGCAAGUUCGACAAAAGGCAGAGUUUAAAAAGACGUUGUUCUAUUUAGAACAGCUUCUUCUCAAGCAUGGAGCUCAUAGUCAGUGCACAGGUGUGAAACCAGUGCCAACUGGUAUCGACUUCUUUUUCGCCAAGCUACAAGACGCACGAAAAUUUGUUGACUUCUUAAUGACUGUAUUACCGUGUAGGUAUCAUUAUGCCCAAGAACUUGUUUCACAUGAUACAAAAAACAACACAUACGACUACAAGCACACAUUUUGUGUUGAGAUAGUCCAUAUAUGCAGAGAUAAUAUUGUAUGCAUGCCGAAAAAAGUCGCACAGCAAUUAGGUAAUAUGAGUCAAAUCGCAAUAUGUCUCCGAGUUUCAAAUGUGAUUACCCUGAUCGAUCCCAAUAACUUGCAAAUGGCUGAUAUCCAGGCCACUACAUUUUGGCGAGAUCCGUUCGACUCAUUAUGUACUCAGAAGCAGCUUUCUGAGUUCUACGUGCUCGAUGUUGAACGUGUGGACAACUUAGAACGGAAGGCGGGGCACGGCUUCGUCAGUAAGAAACACGUGUUAGCAGAUGUUUGGCUCGUUCGAAGCCACCAGGUUGGGAUGUCGGAUGCUCAAACCCUCUCAACUCGAACUCAUUUAGGUCAUUUGUUGAAUGCUGGCGAUCUAGUGCUAGCAUUUGAUAUCCGUAACUGCAAUGUAAACAACAGCGUUUUUGACGAAAUGAAACCGGAGGAUAUUCCCGAUGUUGUUAUUGUGAAAAAGGUGUACGAUCGUGCUCGUCGUGCAGCACGUCGUCAGUGGAAACUCAAACGCUUAGUGGUAGAUGGAAAUAUUGUUGGUAACGAGACGGAAAGUGUUGCGGACGAAUUCCAGAGAUUCAUUGAAGACGUUGAGGAGGAUCCAUACAUGCGCGAAAAAAUCAACAUAUACAAAGAUGAGGAGAAACUCCAGCAGCCAGUUGAUGCCGACGACGACGAAGCAAUCCCUGAUGCACCAACAUUGGCUGAAAUGUUGGAUGAACUUACAUUUGAAGACACUGAAAUGCGAGAUGAAUCUGAAGACAUUUUGCAAGAAGAAGUAAUGGAUAAAUGA